UAGAUAUAAUCUAGUAUUACCUGAGGUGACGACGUGAUCGUGAGGCUAUAUUUUAUGAAUAGGGAUUGAAAAUAUAUUUGUUAAACAAAUUCAUUUAAUUCCUUAGAUAAAGAAUUCUGUUUCUUUCUAGAAAAAAUUAUAUUUAUAAUACAUAUUAUUAUAUCAGAUAUAUUUGUUUAUACGAGGAUUUAAAAAAUGCAACGAGAAGAAAAACAAUUGGAUGCUGCUCUAGAGGCUAUUAUUAUGAGAGUCAAUGACUUGAAAACAUCUAUUGCAUCAAUGAUAUUUAAAUUAGAACACGAGUACGAAACUUUAAAUUGGCCAAAUUUUCUUGAUAAUUUUGCUCUUAUUUCUGGUCAUUUGACCAGUUUAUCUAAAAUACUUAGUCAUGACAAAGCUCCAAGUUUAAGAAAUCUUACUGUUUUACCAUUGCGCUUAAAUCCUGAGAAAGAUGAAGAAUUACUUCGAUUAACUGAAGGCAGAAUUCCAACAUUUGCUCAUGAUUCAGUACCUGAUUAUCUAAGAACUAAAUUAGAACCUCAAGUGGAACAAAAAAUGAUGCAGCUAGAAGCCAAAGCAGCAAAUUUAAAUCAUGAAGCUUCUCAUGAAUAUAAUAAACAAGUAGCACAAUAUACUAAAGUGAUUAGUCAUGUUUGGGAUAUAGCAAAUAAGGCACGGGAAGAAUGGGAAAGUGAAGCUGGUUCUAGAGCAACACAAGCACAAACCAGUAGUGCAGCAGAUACUCAUGCACUUGUUGCUGCUGUUGGAAUGGGAAAAGGAUUAAAAUCUGACUCAGUUCCAAUGGUCCAGUCAAAUGUUAAUCCUGUACCAAGUGGUAUGAUGGUAGGCAGACCUGCAAAUCAACAACAGUCUGGAGGACAAGGACCUCUUGGAAAUACACAAAUGGGACAAAUGAACAAAGCUCCUAGUGCAAUCAAAACAAAUAUUAAAGCUGCAUCACAAAUUCAUCCAUAUGGAAGAUAGGAGAUAUUAAUAUUUUUAUUAAAUGUGACAACAUUAUAACUGAGAAAGGUAUACAUAUACGUGUGUAUGAUAUUUAUAGGUCUUAUUUUAUCACUGCAAUUCUAUUUAAUUAUACUUUUUUUUAAUUUUUGUGCUAUAAUAGCAUUAGAUCGUGGGGAUAAUAUUUUAUUCAUAACAGGAAAAAUAGUUGCCUCUAAACCUUGUUCUUGUAACCAGCACAACCGAUCUUGUAAGACUAUUGAUUCUGCUGGUGCUUGUAAAAUUAAUUGUAGACCAGUAUAAAUCUCUACUUCUUUUGA